GAGAGUUGAGAGCGGAGCGGGAGGAGCCAUCAGAAUGAGGACGGGUGAAGGAACUUGUGAGGAGGGGACAUCUUUAGAAGCAUCCCUUCCAGAAGAGAGCGUGAUUAUAAUCAGCGAUGAUGAGGGUGAAGUGUCGGCACUUGGCAACUCCGUGCUGCUGAUAGAAGAAGCUGCCGAAGAGUCCUUCGCACAAGAGAAGAGGAAAUUGGAAGUGCUGGAUGAUGAACUUGCUAUCACCUACAGUAAAAAGGGCCAUGUGCUGCCACACGCCAGAUAUGAUUGCACAUUACAUCCUUUUAUGCGUGUGGAGAAUGAGACCGAGGUCCCCAUGGAGCAGAAUGCCAGCUUCUGUUCUGAAUGUUACUGCUACCUGUGUGACAAGCCUGCUUCAGAGUGUUCCUCAUGGACGUGUACCUCAAGCUGCCAUUGCAAUGCCCACAACAAGAGCAAGUACUGGAAGGAGCUCCGAGACACGGCUCUGGCUGGGGUCCUCACCAUGUUCCAGCUGGAUCUUACUGAGAUCGAUACCGAACUUAGGGAAGGAGGGAACCAGCUGCAGCAUUUCCUAUCCGAGCUGUCACAAGUGCAGCAGAAGUACAGGGAGGGUGCUAUCAUGACACGGGAAAGUACAGCAAAGUGCUUUUGUGCCUGCCACCGUGACAAAAGGAAGUCCAGUUGUUACUCCUGUACCAUGGCCCAUGUACCAGUACCUGUGCACAAUUACAUGCCAGUAUACCAGCUGGUGACUGAAUACUUGAACAGAGCUGAAAAUCAACACCCAAAGACUGCUGCAGUGAUGUUGCUCGGUGCUGCCAGAGAGAUUCUCCUGGAGAGGAUUCUGACGAACCCGUUUCCAUUGCCUGAUACAAAUAGCAACGUGAAAGAAGCUACUGCCAGCUUAAUGUCAAGGAUUGUCUCCACGUUACAAAGGCACCUGGUUUUAGCAGAUUAUCCGAGGAACCUCUAUGAGAAGUUCAUUAUGUUUUUUCAGUCCAUCCCACUUCCUCCCCACUGCUACAAUUUUGUAAACAGCAUGAAUGUUAUACGAUGGGACAAUUGUUUUCUCACAUCUGUGUUGGCUGGUCAGAAUCUGGCAGGAACAAGGACACUCAAAGGCAAGCGGGAAAACUUGUGUGAAGCGCUGCCAGUGGUGCAGUCCAGGGUGCAGAGGCUGGAGGGUGACCUAUGUUACCGGCAAUUAGUACGUUACCUGAGAGCAGUGAAGUGUCCGGACCCCACUGGGUUGGACUACCUGAAGCAGAAGAUUGCCUUCUAUUCGUGCAAGUUUGGCGAUUUUCCUGGGGCGGCGAUCUUCCUGCUGCAGACUAAGGGAAUGCUGUGUCCUUUGGCCAAACGCCUGACGCCGGCCCAGUUUGAAUUGUACCUCACUAUGCUGCACACCAAAAGCUGCCUGCCGGGAAAUGAGCUGGUGGCAGGUGAAGUUUGGAUUCCUUGUAAAGGUCCUCCACUAAAGACAGGAGCUUUACUACGAACAGCUAUUCGAAUCCUCCACUGUAAUACUGCAUUGCUACGUGAGCCCAAGUGCUGGAGUACACUGGUCCGCAUCUGGAGUACCUGUGACUCUGUGUCAGAGGAUGGGCAGCUAAUUCCUAGGACGAUUCCUGAGCCUGAUAAAUCCUAUCAGCUGAUGGUGAUGGAUAUGUCGUGCUCUAUUCUGGAUGAGCUGCAGAGACAAUUUAAUGCUUUCCUGCCUCCUCCAUUUCAUAAGCCAAACGGGGUCGCUGCGGAGUUAAUCGUCAUUGUUCAAGCUAUUGUCCGCUUUAUGAUGACUGCAGCCCUCCCGCUGCCGCCCAUGUUAGAACUUGUCUUCGCCUUUGGGUUUAACAUUUGGGCUUUGGCUCUGUUGUUCCAAACCAUGAUCCCCAUGAGAGAUUUGCUGCUUGCAUUCAUCACCAGCAUCGAUAAAGAGCUGCAUGACAACGAGCAACAAGUCUUAAACACAUUGGACGCUCGUGGUGCCAGCUACGUGUCAAAUCUCAUAUCUGUAUUUUUGCCGCAUGGAUUGGAGCCUGUUCGGUUAUUCGGCCUACAUAUGAUCGAUAUACUCCUAAAGAAUACAGCAAACUAUACCUGGAUUUCAAAUGUUGGCAACAACUUAAAGAACAUAGUAUGCAACGUCGAACCGCAAUCGUUCAUCUUCAACAACAUGCAAAAGCAACAACUGCUGAGCAAACUAGAAGGAUUGACUGCAGAAAAUGGUUUUGCUUCACCUCCCUCAAGGCUGAAUGAAGGGAUCUCUCUUACAGAUGGACUCAACAAUUUUGAAGUGAAGUAUGACACAACUUGGCUUUCUCUGAUGGCUGAACAGGAAAUUCUAGUGGAGAUCUCCUCCAUGAUGUAG